CCGGCUCAGUCCGCAGCAGACCGGCUCCCUCCCGGUCCCUCACGAUGCCGUCUCCCAUCCCCGCGACCCGCCUGCUGCCCAAGGACAUGUUCCCGUGCCUGGACAUCGGGACCUGCAGCAGCCCGCUCACCAAGCACUCCCUCGGGACCCAGCUCCAGGUCCCGGUCCAGAGGCUCCACGGCAAGACCGCCAGCCGGCUCUGGUCCACCGUGAUCUACUGGAAGGAGAUACGCGCGCUGCUGCCCGUGGGCUCCGGAGGGUUCGGCUCCGUGUACAAGGCCCAGUACCUCGGGGAGACCGUGGCCCUGAAGCGGGUCAAGAAGUGCACCAAGAACAAGCUGGCGUCGCGCCAGAGCUUCUGGGCCGAGCUGAACGCGGCGCACCUGCGCCACCCGAACGUGGUGCGCGUCAUCGCGGCGACCACCUGCGUGCCGCCGGACUUCGGGGACGAGAGCAGCAUCGGAACCGUCCUGAUGGAGUUCGUGGGGGAUGAGAACCUGCAGCAGAUAAUUUCGGACAGCGCGCAGCCGCUCGGGGAGGACCGGUGGCUCCGGUACGCCGCGGACAUCGCGCGCGGGUUGCGCUUCCUCCACGCGCACUGCGUCGUGCACCUGGACAUCAAGCCGGCCAACGUGCUGCUGUCCAGCGGGGACGUGUGCAAAAUAGCGGAUUUCGGCUGUUCCCUGAAACUGGACCGCGGCUGCGAGGUGAGCGCCAUCAGCCCGCGCGUGAGCCACGUGGGCGGCACGUACACGCACCGCGCGCCGGAGCUGCUGAAGGGCGAGGCGCUGUCCCCCAAGGCGGACGUGUACUCGUUCGGCAUCACCCUGUGGCAGCUGAUGACCAGAGAGCAGCCGUACACCGGGGACCGGCAGCACGUGCUCUACGCGGUGGUGGCGCACAACCUGCGGCCGUCCGUUCUGGAUCACCCGGUGUUCCGGUCGGAGCGGGGCCCGGUGUGCCGGAGCGCGCUUGGCCGCUGCUGGAGCGCGGAGGGCCGCUGCAGACCCGCGGCCGAGGAGCUGCUGCCGCUCCUGGAGACGCUGCGCGCGCCGCGGUGACUCCACGGCUCCGGGACUAAAGGAUGGACUUUUAAAAAGUUUUUUUUUUUUUUUUUAGGGAAGGUUCUGCUCUGCACUUUCCUCACCUUGAGUGACUGAGUGAGGUUCUGCUGGGCCACGCUGUAGAACCAACUGGUGAUAAAAACCCAGCAUUACGCACGUUGCUGUGCGUCUUGGUUCCGGUCCAAUGCGUCCCCCGUUCUCUUGAACGAUGUAAAAGAAAAACUACUCUGUAGAUGCCAUGUUGGUGAACGUGAGCUGCAUUAUUUAUAUUAUUGUUCCGUACUCAUGUUUUUAAGUGGAUGUAGUCCUUGAUGACGCGCCUUGGCGCAUCAGUUGAUGUAUCGUGAGAUGUUUAUGUGUGAUGGGGUUUCAUUAAAAUUAUUUUAAUAUACUA